GAAGGGGGGCGGGCGGCCGGAGGAGGCAGAGGGCGGCGGAGGAGGCGCCCCCCAGCAGCGAGCGGCGAGCAACUGACCGCGGCCUUCUGACCAGGACCGGAGCAGGGCCCCAAGCCCCCGGGCCUGGGGGGAGACGCACUUCUCCCCACACCCUGUGCCUCAGCAGUUCCAGGCAGCGGACUCGACGGCCCAGAGAAGAAGAUGGGGAGCCCUGAGGAUGACCUGAUUGGGAUUCCAUUCCCAGACCACAGCAGCGAGCUCCUGAGCUGCCUCAAUGAACAGCGCCAGCUGGGCCACCUGUGUGACCUCACCAUCCGGACCCAAGGCCUCGAAUACCGCACCCACAGGGCUGUGCUGGCUGCCUGCAGUCACUACUUCAAGAAGCUCUUCACUGAGGGUGGCGGUGGGGCUGUCAUGGGGACUGGAAGCAGCGGGACUACUGCUGCAGGAGCAGGGGCUGGUGUGUGUGAGCUGGACUUUGUAGGGCCUGAGGCACUGGGUGCCCUACUUGAAUUUGCCUACACAGCCACACUGACCACCAGCAGUGCCAACAUGCCAGCUGUGCUCCAGGCUGCCCGUCUGCUGGAGAUCCCAUGUGUCAUUGCUGCUUGCAUGGAGAUUCUGCAGGGUAGUGGGCUGGAAGCUCCUAGCCCAGACGAAGAUGACUGUGAGAGAGCCCGCCAGUACCUGGAGGCCUUUGCCACAGCCACAGCCUCCGGAGUUCCUAAUGGUGAAGACAGCCCUCCACAAGUGCCCCUUCCACCACCACCACCACCACCACCACCACCUCGGCCUGUUGCCCGACGAAGCCGCAAGCCCAGAAAAGCUUUUUUGCAAACCAAGGGGGCCCGGGCGAACCACCUAGUGCCCGAGGUGCCUGAGUUGCCCUCUCAUCCUUUGACCUAUGAGGAGGAAGAGGUGGCAGGCAGAGUGGGCAGCAGUGGGGGCAGUGGGCUAGGGGACAGCUAUAGCCCUCCCACAGGAACUGCCUCACCUCCUGAGGGGCCUCUGAGCUAUGAUGCAUAUGAGGGUGAGGAAGAAGAGGAGGAGCUGGCAUAUCCCCCAGCCUAUGGGCUGGCACAGGGCAGUGGGACCCCACUGUCCCCAGAGGAGCUGGGCUCAGAUGAGGAUGCCAUCGAUCCCGACCUAAUGGCCUACCUAAGUUCCCUGCACCAGGAUCCCCUGGCACCAGGCCUGGAUGGCCAGGACAAACUGGUGCGCAAACGCCGCUCCCAGAUGCCCCAGGAGUGCCCUGUUUGCCACAAGAUCAUCCACGGGGCAGGCAAACUACCGCGCCACAUGAGGACGCAUACAGGCGAGAAGCCCUUUGCCUGUGAGGUCUGCGGUGUUCGCUUCACCCGGAAUGACAAGUUGAAGAUUCACAUGCGGAAGCACACGGGAGAGCGCCCCUACUCCUGCCCGCACUGCCCAGCCCGCUUCCUGCACAGCUAUGACCUCAAGAACCACAUGCACCUGCACACGGGGGACCGACCCUAUGAGUGCCACCUGUGCCACAAGGCUUUCGCCAAGGAGGACCACCUGCAGCGCCACCUCAAGGGCCAGAACUGCCUGGAGGUGCGCACCCGGCGGCGCCGCAAGGACGAUGCGCCUCCACACUACCCCCCACCUUCCACCUCCACCCCGCCCCCUGCUGGCCUUGACCUCUCCAAUGGCCACCUGGACACCUUCCGCCUCUCUCUGGCUCGUUUCUGGGAGCAGUCAGCCCCCUCUGGGCCCCCAGUCUCUACCCCGGGGCCUCCUGAUGAAGAGGAGGAGGAGGCGGCGGCACCCACCACACCCCAGGUUGAAAGUGCCAUGGAGUCCUCUUAAAGAGGGACAAGUGGCCAGGGUGGAGCAGCACAAGGCCGAGGACACCCAUGCCAAGCAGUGGGACAGAGUUGGAGUUGGGGGCACUAAGCCUUACUGGCAUCAGAAUCAGCACCCCCCCCCCCAAGCCCCUCAUUCCAAUUCCAAGCUGAGGUUUGAGGGCAGAGGUUCCCCAAAUUGGGGUGAUUCCCCCAAGGAGUGAUACAUGCGAUAUUAUGUAUAUAUUUACAGCUCUAUUGUAAAUGUGGGGGCCCUGUCUCCAGCUGCUCCUGGGGAGUAGAAGCAAUAAUGUACUUCUGAUUUGUGGGGUCCCACUUCGGCUAUGCGGGUUUCUAGGGGGUGGGGGCUUGGGACCAAAGCCUCGCCCCCGCCUCCACGCCCCUUGGGGGUUUGGCUGUGUAAGGGGGUGAAGCACUGCCCCUCCCUUCCGAGACCCCUCCUUCCUGGUUUCUGUUCCCUUUUCCUGGCAGAGAAUUAUGCAAAGGGGGCGGCAAAAUAAGGGUAGGUGGGGGGAGCAAGGUGGAAGCAAGAAAGGCUGGGGGACCGGGCCUGUAAGGAAGGAGCCAUCCCGGCCCCCCUAUCCGCGGCUCUCAGCGCUGAGUCACGGGGUCCCUGCGCAGAAGGGGCGGGGUGGCCCGCGCGGCUCGCCCGCCCCUGGGGGCAGCAGGAGGGGCCUCCCGGCUCCGGAGCUGCGCCGCUCCCCUCCCCCCUCCCGCCCGCGGCCCCGGGCAGGGAAUGUCUUGUUCCCGCCGCUCCCUCCCCGGGGCCAGAGGGCAGGGCGGGCCGGGCGGCGUCCUACCCAGUCCUCGUCCCCACCUUCUCCCCGCCCAGGUGCGAGCCGCCGCCGCCCCUGACUCACGCCGCCCCCGGGCUGAGCGGGCGGGUGAGGGGCGUGGGGCCGCGCGGAAGCUGGCGCCCCCUAGCGGCCGCUUGGAGCGUGUCCGCACCCGCCGGCUCCGGGAGAGGGGGCCUUUCCCUGGUCCUUGCUGGCGGGCUGCCAGCUGGGCAGGGGAGACUAAUCCCCUCACUCUUAGGAUUAAAUCCACCCCAAUUCUGUACAUAGCAUCUCUGUUGGUCUUGUUGAAAUCUAGUUUCAGAUUUUUAACUACCCAAUUCUGCUUGGGGUGGGGGCAUCUCCCCCCUUCAUCGCUGGGUGCUGGACCCCCGUUGUGGCCUGGGCUCUGCCUUGCACUAUUUCCUCUCCCUGGCCUGACGGUCCCUCCCCCUCCUUCAAGGGGCAGGUUCAGGGGCCCGGUGCUCUUCCCUCCCAUGCACCCCCAUGCCCAUUUGCACAGCUGCCCAGGUACCCCAACAAUGGGGCGGGGUCACAGGGAGGGGGUAGUGGGACCAGUCCCUGUAUCUAUUUAAGAAGUGAUGAUUUAAUAUAUUGGGGUGGGGAGGAGGUCGGGUUUCCCUGGGCCUCAUCUUAGCAUUUCAGGUGAUGGAGGGAGCCCAAGGCUGGGGAGACCUGGGGCCUAGCCCCAGAGAUUGGAGACAAUGUGGGCUCUCCUUUCCCUACUUGUGGCUUUCCCAGUCAGUGCCUUAGGGGGGGAGGUCCCCUCCUCUCCUGUUCCUUUUCCCUACCCCUGCCCCCCAUCUCGGGUGUAAGUGACAGGAAGAAAUAAUAAUAAUUUAAGAUUCA